AUGGACAAAUAUGUGAUCUCUGAGGAAGAAGAGGUGAUAGACGCCGAGCCACCAUUUCCUGAAUCGAUGAAAAAAGAUGUUAAAGUGAUGGAAUUGCACAAGAACACAAAAUUCGGAAAUAUUAUCGAGUAUGUCAACAAGAUGUUUGAGGAGGAACUCUACCAGUGGACUGCCCUAAGUACGGCCAAGCGGGUGACAUAUUGGGAUCCACUAGUAGAAGGAAUGAACAGGUUAAAAGUCACCCUCGACACUCCAGCAAUCUUCAUCAUGCUUUCACGCGAUCCCUAUCCAGUUGAACUCCAAUGUAUGAGUAUGCAGCAGUCGUCGUGCAAGGGCAUAAAAAUCCCGCCAAAAUCUACGCCCUCAUCUUCAGCAAGACGUGGUACUAACAGGAAACAGCAGCAGCGUGGCGGUAGGACAAACAAAUGGGCACGUCCAGCUAAAGGAGUGAAAGAGAGCGAGGCCGCGGAAAACCGGGAGAUUAUAGAGAAACUGGAGAAAUUACCGUAA